GGCCUCUUCCUUGUAGUGCGGCCGGAAUCGCUGGCAGGGUACUUUGUGUAGCUGCUUCCGUGCUACUCGCGCUGUGAGCAUUACAAGCUAGAGCCGAGUACUCGGGCCGGCCAUCAUGUCACGUUACGGACGGUAUGGAGGAGAAACCAAGGUAUAUGUUGGUAACCUGGGAACUGGUGCUGGUAAAGGAGAGUUAGAAAGGGCAUUCAGUUACUAUGGGCCCUUAAGAACUGUAUGGAUUGCCAGAAAUCCUCCAGGAUUUGCCUUUGUGGAAUUUGAAGACCCUAGAGAUGCAGAGGAUGCUGUUCGAGGAUUGGAUGGGAAAGUGAUUUGUGGUUCUCGAGUGAGGGUUGAACUAUCAACAGGCAUGCCUCGGAGAUCUCGUUUUGAUAGGCCACCUGCCCGACGUCCCUUUGAUCCUAACGAUAGAUGCUAUGAGUGUGGUGAAAAGGGGCAUUAUGCUUAUGACUGUCAUCGCUAUAGCCGACGAAGAAGAAGCAGGUCACGAUCUAGAUCACAUUCCCGAUCCAGGGGAAGGCGAUACUCUCGCUCACGCAGCAGGAGCCGUGGAAGGAGGUCAAGAUCAGCAUCUCCUCGACGAUCAAGGUCUGUGUCUCUUCGUAGAUCAAGAUCAGCUUCACUCAGAAGAUCUAGGUCUGGUUCUAUAAUAGGAUCGAGGUAUUUCCAAUCCCGCUCAAGGUCGAGAUCAAGAUCCAGGUCUAUUUCUCGGCCAAGAAGCAGCCGAUCAAAAUCCAGAUCUCCAUCUCCUAAAAGAAGUCGUUCCCCAUCAGGAAGUCCACACAGAAGUGCAAGUCCAGAAAGAAUGGACUGAAAGAAUGGACUGAAGUUUUCAAGUUCACCCGUUAGGGAAAAGUUAUUUUGUUUACAUUAUUAUAAGGGAUUUGUUAUGUCUGUAAAGUGUAACCUAGGAAGGAUCAUCAACCAUCUAAUCAAAAUGGAUCUGGAUCAUUACUCUGUAAAAUUCACAGCAGUAAAUACUGUUUUUGUUGAAUGUAUUAACAUCUUAUGGUCUGAAAAAUGGGUUUUUAUUUGACACAUUUAAAUAAAACGUUUCUAACUAGA